GGGAAUCAAAUUGCAUAUCAUUCUAAUAUUUUAUACGUAUAUAAAAAUAUUAAUAUUUAAAAAAUAUCAUUCUAGCUUAGAAAUCGAAAAACCCUAAUUCUUAUUAUUUUAUCCUUCCCAAACCAAACACAAACCCCCCUUUCUCAUUUUCCCCCAAAACCCCAGCUCUUUAACUCGUGACCAAUCCAAACCACACCGUGGGUUCAAGAAUUUGAUCCUAAUAAAUAAAGUUUGUUUGGUUUUGACAAGGAUUUUCAACAAAUCAAGAACUAUGGUGAUGGCUACACUAUGUGACGAUAUCCUCCUUGAAAUAUUUUCAGGUUUGCCAAUCAAAUAUUUGUUCAGGUUGAAGUGUGUUAGUCAACGUUUUAAUCAAAUCAUCAAUUCCAUCAUCUCUGAUCCUAAGUUGUUGCCAACACAUGAUCAUGCUCUUGGCCUCGAAUCUGUCCAUGGUUUCUUUCACUUUUCGUUUCAUAGUCCACAAAACAUAAGGUACCUUUCUCUUCAUCCUCAACACCACUCCCUUAACAGUUCUAUCAGGCCUAUUUCUAAACAUCAAAUUGUUGAUUCUUGUGAUGGUAUUCUUUUACUCAAUAUAAUUCAAACCAAUCUCUUUAGUCUUUAUAACCCAACAAUAAAGAAAUACCAUUAUAUUCUGAAACCAACAGAAUGGUUGCCAAGUGUUAAGCAAAAUAUUGGGUUGGCUUAUGAUCAUUCUAGUGCUUUGAUUUCCAAUAAUCAUUGCCAGUUGGUUCUUGUUUAUAGGAAGAAGAAUGUCCUAGGUGGUAGAGAACAAUAUGGAUUUACGAUAUUCUCAUCUAAAGAAAUUGCAUGGUGGGAAAGAGUAGAUGCAAUACUAGAGUGUGAAUCAAGUGAGUUUGUCAAACAUGGUCAAGCAGUUUACUUCAACAAAUCUUUGCAUUGGAUAAGGAAAUCCGGUGAUAUUGUUGUGUUUGAUUUAAAGGAAAACAAGCCAAAAAUCAUAGGCAAGCCCCGUUUUCUUGACAAGUUCAAAGAUGACAUGUGGUUUGGAGUUACAAGGGGUUCAAUUAAUAUAGUACGUAUUUUAAGGACACAGAUCGUCGUCUUUGUACUCCUUGAUUAUGAAAAAGGUGAAUGGGGGUGUGUUAGAAUCAAAAUCAGUCCUUGGCCACUAACGAGCGUGUUCAAUGGCUUCUGUCCCAUCUUUUUUGAUGGGGAGUGGAUUGUUUUGCAGAGCCGAGGGGUAGUGAAAGAAAUUUAUUCAUAUAAUGUGAGUUUGUAUAAGUGGAACAAGAUAGGAGAUUUUCUAGAUUCUAAGGAUGGAAUGCACGAGUACAUUCCUUUUAUACCUUCUUUAGCGUGGUUGGACUGUGCCGCGUUGAAUAAUAAUCAUGUGAAAGAAAUUCACUCCAAUACUUAUACUUGGUUUGAACACUUUUGGCCUGUGGUUUUGAGAACAAGAACAAAAACAAGAAAAAGAAUAAGAUUAAUUUCUCAAGUUCCAUUGGACAACAGAUCAAAAAGAGUGAUCUAAAAACCAGCACGGUUUAAUGAUUAUUGUAGUGAUUUCUCUGAUGUUGAGUAAUGUAUUUUGUUGAUAUGUUUCUUUAAUGUCUCAUUUUGUUACUUCUCAAACUAGUUACUUCUUUUUUAAGCCAAGUUUCUUAUUUAUCAGGAUAAGGUUU